AUGGUGUCCGACGACGAUGCCUCCAAUCCGCGCAAGAGGCGCAGGAUCGGACAUCCCAAGGCAUCCCCUUAUCUCCUCCGUUCUCUCUUCGAUCAGAUUCCUCUGACAGCCGAUGAUCCCAAUGCCGAAGUUCAUAUCACCUGUGUCGAGUAUUGGAACGAUAAUCUAUACAUUGGGACCUCGGCCGCCGAGAUCUUGCACUUCGUCUCUCUGCCUCCCGAUCCGGCCGACAACACCAGUGAUUCGACCUUCAUUCUAGCAUCCAGGUUACCUAUUACCUUUUCUCACAGCGCAUCCACAUCCUCGCAACUACCGGGUAUUCAGCAAAUUAUCCUUCUUCCCUCCGUCAACAAGGCAUGCAUUCUUUGCAAUGGAACCGUCACUUUCUACAUGCUACCGGAGCUUAGUCCGGCAUUCGACAACACCAAGGUCGGCAACUGUCGCUGGAUCGGUGGCCUUGAUCAGAAUACCGACCCUGAUGAACCCGAGAACCCGGUAAUUAUGAUAGGAGCCCAGAACAGGAUCAUGCUGGUGAGAAUCGGGGAUGCCGCUCGAAGAGUGAGGAAUAUCGAGUUUCCCAGCUGUUUGGCCGCGGCGCGGAGGGGUAUCAUUGCUUGUGCGGCAGAUGCCCACGGAUACUCAUUGUUGGAUGUGGAGCAUCAGCAGAAAAUCCCCUUGUUUCCUGUCUCGGUAUUGAACGAAGCAAUUGGGUCGGGCCAGAUCGAAGACAUGCCCCCGGCAUCAUCCCCCUCACUAUCAAAUCAUUCACCUCCCGCAGCGGGCCGUUCCCACAACAGGAGUUCUAGCUUGAACACACUAGCCGGAAUGCUGCAGCCGAAUCCCCAGUCAUCAGCCCGUGAUCGCUCCAGCUCUGUAACCCCGGAACUAUCACCCGAAUCUGGGACUCCCCGGCGAUCACUGUCGCAAGAACGAGGCAGAAGCGCGUCGCCAAGAACAUCUACGGAGCAUCCAGAAGAAGAAUCACAGUCUUCGACUGGUGAGGCUGCGAAGCCACUCCCACCAUUGCCAAAACAGCCGUCGGCGCAGCUAAAACCCCAUGUCCUUUCGCCUACUCCUAAUGAGUUUCUAGUGGUUCGAGGGACCGAUGAAACGGAGCCUGGCGUUGGGUUAUUUGUGAACAUGGAUGGUGACGUCGACCGCGGUACCAUCACGUUCCAUAGGUACCCCAAAUCGAUUGUCAUCGACAAGGGUGAUGAAAACAACUUGAUGCAAUCUCCAGAGGACACACGUGAGCAGCUCGUUCUCGCGGUCAUAGAAACGGAGAAGGAUGGCAAACCAUUCAACUCCCUAGAAAUCCAGCCAUGGGAUGUUGACCCGGCCGAAGCUGAAGAUCACAAAAACUGGGUAGAUUUCCCCUCUACCACAGGGGACUUCUCGCAUGUCGGGCUUUGCCAUACCACUAGCCCAAGCAAGCUCGAGAUAUACGAGAUGGGGAAACUUCUGCGAAUGGUUCGCCUGAAAACUCCCUUAUUGUCCCCUCAUAUCCCCGCAACCGAUUCCAGAACUCAGGCGUCCAUUGAGCAACUGCAGAAAGAGAAAGAGCUCUUCGAAGCUCAGGAAGCCACCGACUCGGAGAGCUCUAGGAAAGAGGACGCGGCUGGGCGCGGCUGGGAAGCAGAGCGAAACGCCGAAGAAGCGAAAUUUGCCCGUGACCUAGGUAAGACUCAGAGCAGCCUUCUGAUGUGGAGCGGGAACCAAAUUUGGCGAAUUGUACGGAAUCCUUUGCCUAUCCAACUCAACGACACUUUACAGACCGCCCAAGAUUUGGACAACGACCGCCAUAAGGUGUUGAACCGGAGGGUCAUUGAAGACACAAUCGAGCUUAUUCAGAGCACCGAGCCAAAGUCCGAAGCCGAGUUUCUAGGGCUUAAUUAUCUGAAACAGAAGGCAAGUCUCCUACUUCUGGGAGACCUAAUGUCUAUGGACCCGGCUUCCAGAACCCCUGCCGUGAUCGACGGAACAGAGAGAGCGCUCAUAAGCGGGAAUCUCGAUCCACGUAUCGCUCUCUUGCUGGUCCCUUCUUUACGGCAGGAGGUUCUGCAAGGCCCACAGGGCAUCUGGAUUCAUGCAGGGCUGGCGGAAGUCGCCGAAGUAUACAUCAAUCAAUCGGAAAGUCCACGCGCCGGUGCGUUUGACGGGAACGUGUUGGAUAUGGUCAAGCGAUUUUUGAUCUCAUGGCAGCAAAAGCGCGGAUACGGCAGCAUUACUGACGAGACGUACGUCUUUGACAGCGUGGAUGCAGCGUUGUUACGGCUACUUUUGGAGCAAGAUUCAAGCGUGAUAGUGGAUCAACGGUCACCAGUCCGUGCAGAGCUUAACAGGCUUGUGGAUAACUGGAAAGGCAACUUUGAGCGGGCAGUGGUGCUCCUGGAAGGUCACCGGAGGCUGUACGUUUUGAGCCGACUCUAUCAGAGCCGGAAGAUGUCAGGAAACGUCCUGAAGACCUGGCGACGAAUCAUUGAGGGCGAGGAAGAUGUUGGGCGCGAGGUCAGUGCUCCAGGGGUUGAGAUGCAGAUGCGCAAGUACCUGGUCAAGAUCAAGGAUGCACAACUCGUCGAAGAAUACGGAGCCUGGCUAGCUCAGCGCAAUCCAAGUCUUGGUAUUCAAGUGUUCGCCGAUAGCGCGAGUCGGGUCAGACUGGAGCCGACAGAUGUCGUGCCGCUACUGAAGGAGCGUGCUCCAAACGCAGUUCAGGAAUAUCUGGAGCACCUGGUGUUCUCAAAGAACUAUACACAAUACGCCGAUGAUCUGCUCUCAUACUACCUUGACACCGUACUCUCCGUUCUUGAAUCGUCUCCUGAAGCCCGAGCGUCCCUUGCAGAGUCUUACUCCACUUACCGCGCGUUGCGCCCUCCCAAACCCACCUACAUGAACUUCAUCACUGAGAACACGCCCUCGGAACCUUGGUGGCAGUCACGAUUACGGCUUCUGCAGCUGCUUGGCGGCGGCAGUGGUAGUCAGUUCUCGUCACUGCCAUCAACCAGUUUUUCAUACUCCAUCCCCGCCGUUCUUGCUCGCAUCGAACCCUUUCAAAAUGAACUAGUCUCAGAGUCGGUUAUCCUGGACGGUCUCCAAGGCCGGCAUCGAGAAGCGCUCCGUCUACUAACGCAUGGACUGGGCGACUAUGACUCGGCCGUGCGGUACUGUGUCUUCGGUGGACCGCGCAGCACCAGCGCCACUGGCUCGCUGACUGAGUUCGCCGAUCGCCCGCUCCAAACCGAGCUCUUUGGCUACCUGCUGGACGAGUUCCUGCGCAUCGAGGACCUGUCGGAACGCAUCGAGCGCACCAGCGAUCUCCUGGCGCGGUUCGCUUCGUUCUUCGACGUGGGCGAGGUCCUGCGCCUCGUUCCAGACGACUGGAGCGUCGACAUUCUGAGCGGGUUCCUUGCACAUGUCUUCCGAGUGCUCGUCGCGCAGGGACGCGAGACGCGAAUCGAGCGCGCCCUUAGCGCAGGACUGAACCUGCGGGUCGGAACAGAAUACAUCGAAGGGGUUGAGAAAGUCGGCGGAUGGGUCGAAGAUGACGACGGACUGCGCCGACUCCGGGGGGGAAACGCUGGUGACGGGGACCGCCGGGCGUUGGUCACAGAUGACAGCGACUUUGGGGAGAUGACUGGGCCGAGAUCUGAUUGA